ACGCAGCCUGCAGCCCGCACAUCUGCAGACUGACGUCAUUUGCUCUGCCUCCGAGGAAAAGCUGCCAAAAUUUUCUCCUGCAGCAAUUCAAGUUGGCUGGGGGCCGGUACUGAGAUCUAGGGCUAGCUACUUCAACAAAACUUUCAAAACUUUGCUGCCCUUCCUGCUCCUCUUGUCUUCUUUUCUCUUGAUACCUUUUGAUGCUCUUCACAUGUUAUUUGCAUAGCAAAGGCACUAAGCUGGCCAGGAAGAGAGGGCACCACUUCCAUCUCCAAUAAGUCCUUUUCCCCCUUCCUUCCCUUUUUUUCCCUCUUUCCUUUUUUUUUUUUUUUUUUUUUUAAAGGGGGGCGGGAGAGAAAGGGGAUCUGUAAAGGCAGUAUCUCAGGAUGAUAGCCUGGGUGUAUUGAAGGCAUCUCUUUUUUUCCUGCCAAAUCGGAAAGUCCGUUCUCCAAAGCUCGGGUUCGUCAGACUAUAGAGUUUUAUUCUGGCUGCAGAAUAACUGACUGCUGUGUCUUUUUGCAAAGGGGAAUAGAAAGGGAGAAAAAAAUAGAGUAGAGGGAGUACGUGAGUCGUCCAGUGCAAUCUCUAUUGUUUGAAACUUACUUUUUAUCAGAAAUUGAAGAUGAAAACGGUUGAAAAGUGGCCCCUAGUAAGUAGUCACUUACUAGCUUAAUGUUUUGAUUAUGAACAUUUUACCAACAUUUUUUUUUUUUCAUUUUGGAAUGAGAAAAUGAAUCCAGUCAUGGAAGAAAGUCCAGGACGUUGGAGUAAAGUAACUGCUAAACAGUGAUCUUCAAGAAGUUUUAAAGAAUUAAAAUUGUUAUGCUUCGAUUUGGGUAUGGUAUUGACUCUCUAGCGCAUAGGUAGCCCCCUCCAGAAAAAUCAUCCAGUUUUCUAAAUUAUGGAAAUUUUGUGGAAGACGUUGACCUGGAUUUUGAGCCUCAUCAUGGCUUCAUCGGAAUUUCAUAGUGACCACAGACUUUCAUACAGUUCUCAAGAGGAGUUCCUAAGUUAUCUAGAACACUACCAGCUAACUAUUCCCAUAAGGGUUGAUCAAAAUGGAGCUUUUCUCAGCUUUACUGUGAAAAAUGAUAAGCACUCCAGGAGAAGACGGAGUAUGGACCCUGUCGAUCCACUGCAGGCAGCAUCUAAGUUAUUUUUUAAACUUUCAGCCUACGGCAAGCACUUUCAUCUAAACUUGACUCUCAACACAGAUUUUGUGUCCAAACAUUUUACAGUAGAAUAUUGGGGGAAAGAUGGACCCCAGUGGAAACAUGAUUUUUUAGACAACUGUCAUUACACAGGAUAUUUGGAAGAUCAACGUAGUACAACUAAAGUGGCUUUAAGCAACUGUAUUGGGUUGCAUGGUGUUAUUGCUACAGAAGAUGAAGAAUAUUUUAUUGAACCAUUAAAGAAUACCACAGAGGAUUCUAAACAUUUUAGCUAUGAAAAUGGUCAUCCUCAUGUUAUUUACAAAAAAUCUACCCUUCAGCAACGGCAUUUGUAUGAUCACUCUCACUGUGGGGUUUCAGACCUCAUAAGAAGUGGCAGAUCUUGGUGGCUGAAUGACUCAUCUGCUUUCCCUUCUUCACUGUCAACUAACGGCACAUCUAUCUACCACAGACAGAAGAGAUCAGUAAGCACUGAGCGGUUUGUGGAGACAUUAGUAGUGGCAGACAAAAUGAUGGUGGGCUACCACGGCCGUAAAGACAUUGAACAUUACAUUUUGAGUGUGAUGAAUAUUGUUGCCAAACUUUACCGUGAUUCCAGCCUAGGAAACGUUGUGAACAUCAUAGUGGCCCGCUUAAUUGUUCUUACAGAAGACCAGCCAAACUUGGAGAUAAAUCAUCAUGCAGACAAGUCCCUCGAUAGCUUCUGUAAAUGGCAGAAAUCCAUUCUCUCCCACCAAAGUGAUGGAAACACCAUUCCAGAAAAUGGGAUUGCCCACCACGAUAAUGCGGUUCUUAUUACUAGAUAUGAUAUCUGCACUUACAAAAAUAAGCCCUGUGGGACACUAGGCUUGGCCUCGGUGGCUGGAAUGUGUGAGCCUGAGAGGAGCUGCAGCAUUAAUGAAGACAUUGGCCUGGGUUCAGCUUUUACCAUUGCACAUGAGAUUGGUCACAAUUUUGGUAUGAACCAUGAUGGAAUUGGAAAUUCUUGUGGGACGAAAGGUCAUGAAGCAGCAAAACUUAUGGCAGCUCACAUUACUGCAAAUACCAAUCCUUUUUCCUGGUCUGCCUGCAGUCGAGACUAUAUCACCAGCUUUCUAGAUUCAGGCCGUGGUACUUGCCUUGAUAAUGAGCCUCCCAAGCGGGACUUUCUUUAUCCAGCUGUGGCUCCAGGUCAGGUGUAUGAUGCUGACGAGCAGUGUCGUUUCCAGUAUGGAGCAGCAUCCCGCCAGUGUAAAUACGGGGAAGUGUGUAGAGAGCUCUGGUGUCUCAGCAAAAGCAACCGCUGUGUCACCAACAGCAUUCCUGCGGCUGAAGGAACACUCUGCCAAACUGGGAAUAUUGAAAAAGGGUGGUGUUAUCAGGGAGAUUGUGUUCCUUUUGGCACUUGGCCCCAGAGCCUAGAUGGGGGCUGGGGUCCCUGGUCGCUGUGGGGAGAGUGCAGCAGGACCUGCGGUGGAGGCGUCUCCUCAUCCCUAAGACACUGUGACAGUCCAGCACCUUCAGGAGGUGGAAAAUAUUGCCUUGGGGAAAGGAAACGGUAUCGCUCCUGUAACACAGAUCUAUGUCCUUUGGGGUCCCGGGAUUUUCGAGAGAAACAGUGUGCAGACUUUGACAAUAUGCCUUUCCGUGGAAAAUAUUAUAACUGGAAACCUUAUACUGGAGGUGGGGUAAAACCUUGUGCCUUAAACUGCUUGGCUGAAGGCUACAAUUUCUACACUGAACGUGCCCCUGCAGUGAUUGAUGGGACUCAGUGCAAUGCAGACUCACUGGAUAUCUGUAUCAAUGGAGAAUGCAAGCAUGUAGGUUGUGAUAAUAUUUUGGGAUCCGAUGCUAGGGAAGAUAGAUGUCGAGUCUGUGGAGGGGAUGGAAGCACUUGUGAUGCCAUUGAAGGGUUCUUCAAUGAUUCGUUGCCCAGAGGAGGCUACAUGGAAGUUGUGCAGAUACCAAGAGGUUCUGUCCAUAUUGAAGUGAGAGAAGUUUCCAUGUCAAAGAACUAUAUUGCUCUGAAAUCUGAAGGAGAUGAUUACUACAUUAAUGGUGCCUGGACUAUUGACUGGCCUAGGAAGUUUGAUGUUGCUGGAACAGCCUUUCACUAUAAAAGACCAACUGAUGAACCAGAAUCCUUGGAAGCUCUAGGCCCCACCUCAGAAAACCUCAUAGUCAUGGUUCUGCUUCAGGAACAGAAUUUGGGGAUUAGGUAUAAAUUCAAUGUUCCUAUCACUCGAACUGGCAGUGGAGACAAUGAAGUUGGUUUUACAUGGAACCAUCAGCCUUGGUCAGAAUGCUCAGCUACUUGUGCUGGAGGUAUCCAAAGACAGGAGGUGGUCUGUAAAAGGUUGGAUGACAACUCCAUUGUCCAGAACAAUUACUGUGACCCUGACAGUAAACCACCUGAAAAUCAAAGAGCCUGCAACACUGAGCCCUGCCCACCUGAGUGGUUCAUUGGGGAUUGGUUGGAGUGUAGCAAGACUUGUGAUGGUGGAAUGCGCUCCAGAGCAGUGCUCUGUAUCAGGAAGAUUGGACCUUCUGAAGAGGAGACACUGGACUACAGUGGCUGCUUAACACACCGGCCUAUUGAGAAGGAGCUCUGCAACAACCAGUCAUGCCCACCUCAGUGGGUGGCUUUGGACUGGUCAGAAUGCACCCCUAAAUGUGGUCCAGGAUUCAAACAUCGGAUUGUUCUUUGCAAAAGCAGUGACCUCUCUAAAACAUUCCCAGCUGCCCAAUGUGCAGAAGAGAGCAAACCCCCUGUCCGUAUCCGCUGCAGUUUGGGUCGAUGCCCUCCUCCUCGCUGGGUGACAGGAGACUGGGGACAGUGUUCUGCUCAGUGUGGCCUUGGACAGCAGAUGCGGACUGUGCAAUGUCUCUCCUACACUGGACAGGCCUCUAGUGACUGUUCAGAAACUGCUCGACCUCCAUCAGUGCAGCAGUGUGAAAGCAAAUGUGAUAGUGCUCCCAUUUCCAGUACUGAAGAGUGCAAAGAUGUGAACAAAGUGGCUUAUUGCCCACUGGUGCUGAAGUUCAAGUUCUGCAGUCGAGCAUACUUUAGACAGAUGUGUUGUAAGACCUGCCAAGGACACUGACCCAUGGAAAGCCAGAGAGAGCCUUGUCAUUUCACCCUGGAAAUUCGUCCAUCAAAGAGAGCCACCCAGAGAAAGAGGAUUGAUGUCCUUGAAAAUGCAUUACCCUGUGGAAAACGUAACCACUGGUCAGCCCUAGCUGACAGGAUUUCAAUAUUAUUUUAACUUCUGUGAAGUGGGAUUUCUUGAUCCAAAGUGCUGGACACGGUAUAAGGAGGGAAUGCCAGAUUGGAGAGAUCCAAACAACACAGGGAGACUUGCUUACUGUGGAAUGUUUGUGUUCUUUCUAGAAAAUUCAAUAGCCUGUUUACCUCCUUGGACCAUUAAGAUAAUUUUUAUUAUGGACUUAGCAAUGACACUGAAUCCAUUUGUAUUUAAAACUGUUUAAAAUGUAGCUAUUAUGACUUGGUCAACUAUGGAAGUCGAGAAGAAUCAGAAAUCUUAAGUCAUAGCUUAAAAGUAUUUACUAUACCUUAUUUCACUACAACAGCACCACAAUUAAAUUCUAAAACAGGCUUUGAACUGUAAAUUAAGGAGCAAGUAUAAAUCGAAAGUAAGUUUGCAUCAUUUUUCUUCAUUCCACUUAAUUUUUUUAGGAAUAACUCCCCUGUUCUGAACACUGCUGUGAGCCAUAUAUAAACUAUAUUAAACCGGACAACAAUGAAGGACAUUGUUAGUUUAAAGCAGUGCAUCUGUUGUUGCAGCUGUGCAAGUCUUUAAAUUCAGUGCUAAAAGACUAUGGCCAACUUGCCAUGGUGCAAGUGAAGCUGAGAUUACCUUUAAAACUUUACAAAAAAACCAUUUCAAUUUCAAUCAGAAGCCGGCCCUGGGGUAUGGUAGAGGUUGAAGUCCCAGGCCUUUGGCUGCCCUCACACAGGAUGCUACAGCUCUUACUUGAGUCACCCCAACUCACUCAUGUUUACAUCCUUUCCAGCCACAGGACGGCUUCUGCCCUGUUGGACUGUUGCACGCAUGUCGAUCUUACUGAGAUGAUACCAUGCAAAAGAGAGACUGGCUCAGUCACAACCAGGCAGAUCCUUUUGCUGACAAUUAUGAUGGGUUCCAGAUGCCCCUUCUUUGAUAUGGCAGAAGGGCCUUUAUUUAUGUGAGAGAAGUGUGUAUGUGUAUGUGUGCGCACGGGCGCUUUUGAGUGUGUGGGUAGGAUGCGUGUGCCUGCACAUAAAUGUGCUAUUUCUGUGAGUUUUAAAGUAGGCAAGGGAUAACAACCAAAGAAGAAAAACUCAUGAAGACUAGAAUUCAUAAAGUGUAAUUUUAAGAGUCACUCAACCAAGCAUCUUCUGUUUUUAUGGAUACUCUGAAUGGCAGUUAAAUGUGAAACCCAGUUUCUUGGGCAAGUCAGACUCUAGAAUGCACUCCACCUAAAUUAGAUUGACUCGCUCAUAUUUUCCCCAUCCAAGAGUUUCACAUUAUGCUCAUCAAAGAGAUUUAAAAGUGAAGUUGAAGGAAAGGAAAGAAGGUACUUGCUUAUUUUGACAUUUAUACUUGAACACUUAUAGCAUGCAGUCAGUUCUAGAUGAAUGUGUAUUGUGCCCACCACAUCUCGUUUGCUGUCCUACAUGUGUGUUCACCAGCACCUAACCCAAACCCAGUGGCUCCUUUGGUAAAGAUACUGUUGGUAGCUGAAGAGUACACUUGAUUUUAAUCCAUCACUCUUCUCUGAGACUGCAUGUCAGGCGAGUCAUAUCAUUAUGACCUAAAUGUAGAUAAAUCGGGUUUUAUUUUGCCAGAAAAGACUUCAAAUAGUAACCUAAACUUCAGGCGUGUUGUGGAUAGUCAACACAAGACGCUGUUCUGCAAACUCAGUCAAUGUCAUCCAUAUAAUGGCAUCUGUUCUCUCAAUGCUACAACUCACAUUCUGGAACUUUCCAGAAAGAGCUACUGGUAAUCCACAGGAGGUAUUUCCAGGAUGCCUUUCUAUGCUGCUCUUAGAAAACCAGUCCAAGUGCCACCUCCACUGUUCAGUGGAGCCGUCGCAUUGAAUUCUUUUCGUCCCUUGCGAAGAGCAGUCAACUUGGUGCUAAUGUGCCCUGGUGGGAUGCAGUGAACAGAUCUACACUUGCUUUGGCAUUGUAGGCCUAGCUUUGCUAUCAGGGGCCACUAAUCUCCAACACAAAUGCCAGCUCAUGUUUUCAUUUUGACAGGACUUCUUACUUUACUGACACACAUCUGUUCUUCAUGUCUUCCAGAAACCCCUCUGCAGAAGGCUAUCCCCCUGGGCAGUGUGCAGUACCCUGACUGGUGCUAGAGGAGGGAGGCAGCCUGUGUUCCCUCUGGGGUGUGCAUCAGCGCCCAGGUCAGGAGGCAGUUCUUGGGACCAACUUCAGAUAGCAUUUCUAGAAAGAACCAAGCACAGAUGUAACAGGACUAAAUGUCUUCAGGUAGGCCCUGAAUUUAAAGCUGAGUGGGAGGAGAAUCAUACUCUAGGGCACAUCACAACACCACUGCUAUUGUGUGGCCAAUCAGACGGUUACACGAUGCUCUAUUUCUAAAUAAUAAUAGGUGGCCAUGGAGGCAGAGCCAUCAGAGAAGGCCUUACAAAAUUAGUCAGUUACACAGACUACUUAAGAAACUCCAAGGAAACUGGUACCUCAUGGCUGACAGCAGUGUCUGCCACUGGCAUUAUGGUCUAACAAAAAUAAAUAAAUAAAUAAAUAAAUAAAUAAAUAAAUAAAUAAAUAGAGGUAAAUAAAUGUACCCAACUGAUUAGACCCCUUUCAAUUCACAUGACUCCCCCAAACGGCUUAUUACAUUCAGAUUUUUUUUUUUUUAUUUGAGUGAAUGUCACAUAGAUAGCCUUAUGAUACAGAAUGGAAUUGCCUUUGUAUUAUUGUAAUUAGCUGUUGCUUAUUAUUUUAUACUCAGUAUUAAUGUGGUACACUGUUACUUUAUUUUUGCUUUUGUAAAUUAUAUUCUAAUUUAUUGCCAUGUUUUCUAACACCUGUUCUGCAUCCAUUCUCCUGCUUGAAAUGAAAAUAAAAAUUAAAAAAUCAUUGUAACACUUGAUGGAGUGAAAUUCCACACCAGGCACAAGAUUGUUUUUUUAAUAUAGAUAAUUUAGUGAAAAUAAAAUUUUAGCUUG